UACUAAGAAAGGAAUAGCCAGCUACUAAACAACUAAGCACAAGAUAACGAUCCUCUAAACCAGUCUCCGUAUAUAUAACCCAAAUCUGCCAUUCCUUUCUCUUCAUCUCUGUAUACAAUUCUAAAGAUGGAAUUUUUGCAGAAAAAAUUUCUAUUUUCAGCUCUAGUCUCUAUCCUCUGCUUUGCUGCUGAGGUUUCUUCACAUAACAGGUUUUAUACACCUCCAAGUCUCACGCCUUUGACUGGUUCUUUUCCUCGUGUUCCAAUUGAUCGUGCGUUUUCUAAGUCUUUUGGGGCCUCAAAUAUUCAGUAUCUCAUUAAUGGGUCCACGGCCACUUUGGCUCUUGACAAAACUUCAGGCUCUGGUUUGGUCUCACAAGGCAGAUACUACUAUGGAUUCUUCAGUGCAGCCAUCAAACUACCUGCUGGUCUAUCAUCUGGUGUUGUGGUAGCCUUCUAUUUGUCAAAUGCAGAUAAGUUCCCUCACAAUCAUGAUGAGAUAGACAUUGAGCUCCUGGGGCAUGACAAGAGAAAUGAUUGGGUUAUUCAAACCAAUAUGUAUGCCAAUGGAAGCGUCAGCACUGGAAGAGAGGAGAAGUUCUAUCUCUGGUUUGACCCCACAAAGCAGCACCAUUACUACAGCAUCUUAUGGAACAGCUAUCACACAGUGUUUUUGGUGGACAAUAUUCCAGUGAGAGAGUUCAUCCACAGCAAUUCAUAUCCUUCUAUAUACCCAGCAAAGCCAAUGUCAGUUUAUGCAACAAUAUGGGAUGGAUCAGAAUGGGCAACACAUGGAGGAAAAUACCCUGUGAAUUAUAAGUAUGCUCCAUUUGUUGUGUCUUUCACUGAAAUGGAAUUAAGUGGCUGCAUAGUCUCAGAUCCUUCAGAAACACCAUCAGCUUCUUCUACAUGCUCAAAGUCGUCGUCGCCUUCUUCAAGUCCUUCAAGCUCGGACCCUGUGAAUGGACCUGAGUUCUCUAAGCUGUCUCAGCAGCAGAUUGCAGCCAUGGAUUGGGCAAGAAGGAAACUCAUGUUUUACUCUUACUGUCAUGAUAAGCCCAGGUUCAAAGUCAUGCCUCCAGAAUGCCACUGAAGCAUACACACCUAUAUUAUCAUUUAACUUUAUAUAUAUAUGGAUUUUUUAACAAAGUAUACUUUUUCACCAACCCGGGGUGGGGCGGAAGGAAUAAUGUUGUGUGUUUGAUUAUUUGGCUCAAGGGUUGGAAAUUUGGAAUAAAGAUCACUAAAGUAAAAGAUCAAUUCAACGGAAA